AUGCCGACUCCUGCCAACCCGCAGCGCCCCUCCAACCGUGGGGGAGGCACCAGAACAUCCCCGACCAAGAAACCGCUCGACAUUGGAGUACCCCUAGGCAUUUACGAUACGAAUUCAGUGCGAGCAAAGGUUCGCAAGUGGCAGCAACAGGGGGGCGGGGUAAUAACUGCCAAUGAUGGGGUUUGCUACGACGACGACGAGGAGAAUUCAACAGCCGAUACCAACCCCAAAGUGGUCGAAGAUAAGGGAUCCGGUAGUUCCAAUGGCUCCGGAACGAGGAAACGCAGCAAAAGCACGCCUCGCAAACGAGUCAUUAGUGAUGAGCAUUGGAAGCUGAACCGAACCCCUACCCAGACGCCUUCUUCCAGGCUCCCUCCGCCAAAACGCAUUGCCGAGUAUACCACAAAUGACCGUCUGCGUUCUCCGCAGGGUGACGAGGCGGAAGGUGCGCGGGAGGAUACAAUAUUGCCCUCUCCGUCCCGCAACAAGGAAAGGGGCAGGGCUGCUAUAGCAUCCGACCUCGCGACAAGAGAACGGAGAAAAUCGAGGGCAUCUCGAGAUGUCGAUACAAUACCCGAGGACAAGGCCGAGGAGGAGAGUGCGUCUCACAAUGGUUCUUCCAAGUCCAUUUCGCGACCUCCAACCGCCGACAAAACCCAUGUACGUGCACGGUCGGAGCUGUCGCAAAGUGCAAAGACAAGGGACGGAGGACUGUACGAGGACUCCGAGUGGGCGACAAGCGAGGCCGACUUCUCAGAACUCUCCAGGCGACGUGCGCGAGGUCCAAAUCCAGUACCCCGGGGUGCUGCACCUAGAGGCCGGGGAACGGUGAAGCCCCCCAAAGGCGGCAUAUUCUCCCAUAUGCUCGAUGAAUCAAAGAGGAUGUUCGCUAAACCGGAACCCCCGAAACCCAACCGAGGCGCUAAAAUAGAGGCAUGGCUUUCUGAAACGCCCGACCCGUUCGUGGAGGACAUGGAGCCCGAUGUCGAGAUACCCGCGCCAUUAAACACUAAAACCGGCAAGAAGAAGGAUCCCGUGAAACAAGAGGAUGCGCCGAAGGACAAGAGCGAUACCGAGCCUCCCCUUGCGAGCGACAUAUCGAAGAAGGAUGCUCUGCCAGCGCAGAGGAAAGAUGGCCCGGCUACAAGCGAACAAUCAAAGACAGCAGAACAGAAAGCAGAGCCCAAGAAGGACAGCGCUACUUCGGACAAACACAAGGCACCUACAGAACGUGAGGAGAAACCGCGGUCAUCAGGCGCCGAUAAGCUACCCGUUGGCAAACGACCCCGUGCCAACAACGAUAAUGCAUCAGAGACUGAGUCCCAACUGUUGUCAGAGGGUUCUGAAGUGUCUGCGAAUAACGCACCGGUGCCCCUUGGUCGUCGAAAGCCAUUUCCCACGACAGGGGCCCAUCCCCUCUCAACAAUCGCAUCUGUUGAAUCUAUGAGCACAACGAAGAAUGCUACAGGAUCAGGACAAGGUGCCGCAUCGGAAAAACGGGAGGCAGAGUCCACCCAGGCAAAGCUCGACGAGGAGGAGAAAAGGGACCAAUUUGACCCCAACUCACUUCCUGCAAUCUCCUCCCAAUUAAAGAGGCGCCUCACUACUCAUGAUGAUUUGAUAUCAGUCCUCUCUGCUCCAAGUGGCCGGAGUAGAAGCCUUCGAUCUGCCAGGAGUCUGAAAACGAAGAGUCGCAUCACUACAGAAAACAUUCCUGACCUUCUUAAGGAGUUGGCUGCUGACGAGGUAAAAUACAUGCGUGAGCUUAAGACCCUGGUCGGUGGUGUUAUUCCAGUCCUCUUGACAUGUGUGCUAUCAAAAUCCGAUUCUGCUAUUGCGGCUGGACUCUUUCGACCUUCUGCCGAUCCGAAGGAUGAGGUGAAUUUCAGCAAGCCCAUAGUGGACAUGGGAGUUGCUAUUGAGCGACUGAAAACGCUUCACAAGCGCAUUCCGCAGGAUGAUGUGGAAGCUCUACUUACCUGGGCGAACGGGGCACAGAGAGUGUAUCGUGAAUACCUCAAGGCUUGGAGACUGGGGUUCAAAGACGUCAUUGUCAACCUCGCGCCUCUUGAAGAAGGUGAGGCAGGCGACAAUACCGACACAAAGAGUCUGGAUGAGGGCAUGGCAAGGGAUGAGAACGGCGAUGUGGUGGAUAGUGAUGGUGAGAAGGUUGACGUGGCUUACCUUCUGAAGCGACCUCUCGUACGCCUGAAGUACCUCGCAAAGACCUUCAAAGGAAUCAAGACCAUUCAGCCAUCUCCCAAGGCCGAGGAUGUUGCUGCGGUGUAUCAGAGCCUUGUGACAGACGCCCGCCGCCGGGCGCGCGAAGAGAGAGCAAGGCUUGAGGAUGAAUCUGCUGCCAACGUUGACGCUACGCGUGCCAGAGAUCCUGCGACCUUGGGUGCACUUCCUGGAGUUACUGUUGACAGAAGCCGAAGAGUCCGGGCCCGCGAUUUCUUCAAUCUUUCCUUGUACCACACAAGUGGCCAGAUCAUUGACUGCCGCGCAGAGCUCCUCUUGAGAGACGGGGCCGCUGGGAUUAAGGCAGGCGGAGAUCUACUAAUCUGCGAGAUCGAUCAUACAGAUCGUUGGUUGCUAUUCCCUCCCAUCGAGGUUGGCCGUGUCUCUGCUCGCAACGGCGACGUGAAGGGCGAGAUCGUGGUCAUGCUACGCAGUGGCCCGAACCAUACCAAAUCCUGGCAAGAACUGCUGGUGCUUCAAAUUGAUGAAGAGGAUAUUGGAUUUGAAUGGGUUCAGAUGCUGGGCUCGAAUCCUCUCCCACCGGCUAUCUGUAGAACCCAGAGCUUCAUUGACAGGACCAAGCGCCAACGAGCAAAAACUAUAUCCUCAGCCAACGAAGCCUCUCAGGCACAGAAAGCCCCACCAAGUCCUUCAAAUGUCAACGUUCCUAUCGGAGAGAAGCCUACUUCUCGUACCUUGCGUCGAUCCUUGACCCCUAAGGAUCAUCUUUCGGAUCCAAGUACCGUGAGCUCCUGGAUCAGUGAGGCCCGUACUUCACUGCAAAGUGCAGUAACUCCAGAAUCGGACUAUGCUAUUGGUGACGAGUUCUCGAUCAAGUCCCCGCCUCCGCAAUCUAUCUUGCAUGCCAGGGAACCCCGAAAAAGCUUCACGGCUGAUGACAGACCUUCCCCCGGCCUCAAACGGUCAAAGGCCAAGAGGGUCAACAGAAAUGGAGAGAUCAUUCCUUCUAGCCCUACCACACCAACAGACCCAAGCUUGGAUCGGGGAGCCCAUCCAGUCCACGAGGAAGCCAAACGUUCAGAAGAGAAGAAACCCAAGCAGCAGCAGCAGAACCCGAAAACCCCAACGAAGAGUACCCCUGAAAAGAGUUCUCCCCGAGUGUCUUCCGUGCCGUCAAUGGAUCUUCCUCUAAUUCCGAAACUCAGAAAGGGCAGCAGUCAGACAUACAUUUCGGACUCUUUGGCGUCCACCGAGGACGACGAUUUCCCUCCUGUGGAAUAUGAUGACAUCCCUGAAACUCCUAGCAAGGACAAAACUCAUUCUCGCAAGCACUCGGAAUCGGACCAGGUUGACGAAGAUGAGUCCCCUCCACCUCCGCCGACUCAUUCUCGCUCACCGAGUUCUAUUGGCUCCAGCCUGCCAAAUACCCCUGUGCUUAGCCCUAGUGGUGUGCGGACUAGACGCCGUGGCUCCUCGCCGCUAAAGCAUGAAUAUGAACCGUCUACUGCUUCGGAUUCGUACUCAGAUUCUGAUACAUCGACUGUGCGUCGGUAUGAAGUGCAUUCGGGCUCCGAGUAUUCGGACACGGACAGCUCAGAUGAGUCAGGGGAUGAGCACGCAUCACUGCCACCGUUUGAAGCUCCUACCAAGCCAAAAGCCCAGGCUCCAGAAGCCGCGUCUGCUAGUAGCUCUCUGUCACUGUCCAACUCCGCCUCUCAGGGCGGAUAUAGAUCCGUUCCUUCGCAACCAAGCAAGUCGUCUACAGUGAUUGCUUCGGUCUUCGCCUGGUCGGAGAAGGGCUCAUGGGAUAACAUCUUCCCCGAUGAUUGCAAGGUCAUAGUCAGUCCUGGGCUCAUCGAAGCAUAUGAUGUGGGCAAUGCACCAGCCGGGAUGGAGGAAGAUGACAGCGACACAAAGAAAGCACGCCCACUGAUUGCCCUUGAGCUCACACCCCUUGUGCCCAUCCGUCGCGGCACAGCCAUUGACAUAAGUAUUCGUUCCCCUCCGACCAAACGCUCCAAGAUCAACUGGAGUAACAACAUCAUGUUUCGAUCUCGAAACGCCGACGAGUGCGAAUUCCUAUACGGUCUCAUCAACCAAGCGCGCAUUAACAACCCAACCUACAUAGCCCUACAGAAUGCCCGAGGACCUUACGCAGAGCAGCCAGCGCCCGUGGAAUCACCAACGAAGAAUGGUGGUUUGUUCGGUUGGCCACGGCGCAGGCGAAGCUACCGUGCAUCUGUUUCUCCACGGUCGGUUGCCGACAAUUCUGAGAGUAGCGUAGGAACUAUGAGCAGUGCAUUCUCAGCACUGAAGCGGUUCGGAGGGGGAAGCAAGAUGUUUAACAUCUCUCGUUCCUCGCUCACCUCUCGCGAUGGGCAAAAUGAAGACAGCGUGUACUCAAGCUCCAUUGGUUCCGGAUCGAAUGCCUCUCCCUCAUCCGGCAUUGGUCGUAUCGCAGCCGCCAUCAAAGGCAGUGAUGGUAUCGGUCUGUCCAACGCCAAGAUUCGACUUUACUUGCGUGAAACUCAAUCCAAGUGGCGCGAUAUGGGUGCUGCAAGACUAACGAUUAUGCCUGCGCCCUCAGCACCUCGUGCUUCUGAUACGGCCAGCGGGCGCGGAGAUGCCAGCAGCGUUGCAGAGGGAGCCGAAGAUACUUCCCCAGCAUCUGGAUCCGUUUCUCCCCGACGCGGAGCGGAGCCCGAGAAACGCAUUCUUGUCCGAGGCAAGACUCGCGGCGAGGUUCUCCUUGACGUCUGCCUAGGCGAGAGCUCUUUCGAGCGUGUUGCUCGAACCGGUAUCGCCGUGUCCGUCUGGGAGGAAAACGAAGGCGGAGCCAUGCCCAAGAAGGGCGGUGUUACCGUCGGUAGCUCUAAGAUCUAUAUGAUCCAAAUGAAGAGUGAAGCUGAAGCAGCAUACACCUUCGGACUUGUCGGAAAGUCCAAAUACUAA